GCGCUCACUCCUUUAUUUUGUAUUGUUCCACCUCUUGCUCACAUUAUUUUCUAUCCAUUGCCUUUAUAAAGCAUUUUUUUGCAGCUUGCUUCUCAUCCUCUGUUUUUAUUGUUCUCCCCUAUAUGCCUGUGUAAGACUAUCUAAAGCUUGCUGUCUCCCUGGCUUUGCUGGACAGCUCCCUGCCUCUCUUCAUUCUACCUACCUGCUUCUCCCUUUCAGACAGAUACAUCAGGAGGUCUCUCAUUCUGCCUGAAGCAGUUCUUUGCUGCGUUGUCUGCAGAAAUAAUGAAGCUGCUGGGGCAUAAGAUAGAGCUCUGGGCAGGCUUGCUGCUGCCAGACGUCAGCAUAUCUGGGAUGAGUGAGCUUCGAUUUCCAGAGGAGAAACCUCUUCUCAGAGGCCAAGACACAGAGAUGGAGUCUGCUGACACCUUUCUUUCUGCUGCGGACACAGACUGGAAAGAACAUGACAUUGAAACCCCAUAUGGAAUGCUACACGUGGUUAUUCGAGGGACUCCAAAAGGCAAUCGGCCUGCCAUUCUUACCUACCAUGACGUGGGGUUGAACCACAAACUUUGUUUCAACACCUUCUUUAACUAUGAGGAUAUGCAGGAGAUAACUAAGCACUUUGUGGUGUGCCAUGUGGAUGCCCCAGGGCAGCAGGUGGGGGCAUCACAGUUUCCUCAGGGGUAUCAAUAUCCCACAAUGGAUCAACUGGCAGCCAUGCUACCCAGUGUCAUGCAGCACUUUGGGUUUCAAAGUAUAAUUGCAAUUGGUGUUGGAGCAGGAGCCUAUGUCCUUGCAAAAUUUGCUCUAAUUUUCCCAGAGUUAGUGGAAGGCAUGGUUCUGAUUAACAUUGACCCCAACGGAAAAGGGUGGAUUGAUUGGGCAGCCUCCAAGAUUUCUGGGCUUGCCAGCUCCCUACCAGAAACUGUGCUGUCUCACCUAUUCAGCCAGGAGGAGUUGAUGAAUAAUACAGAGCUUGUGCAAAACUACCGGCAGCAGAUCAGCAACUGUGUGAACCAGAGCAAUUUGCAACUAUUCUGGAACAUGUACAACAGUCGAAGAGAUCUAGAAAUGAGUCGUCCUGGAACUGCUCCAAAUGCUAAGACUUUGAGGGCACCAGUGAUGUUGGUGGUUGGCGAUAAUGCUCCAGCUGAAGAAUGUGUGGUUGAAUGUAACUCAAAGUUGGACCCAACUAACACAACAUUCCUAAAGAUGGCUGAUUCUGGUGGCCUUCCACAGGUGACACAGCCUGGAAAACUGACAGAAGCAUUUAAAUAUUUCCUACAAGGAAUGGGAUACAUGCCCUCAGCAAGUAUGACCCGGCUGGCCCGCUCCCGCACAGCUUCUCUAACCAGUGCCAGCUCUGUGGAUGGAUCCCGUCCUCGACCCUGCACCCAGUCUGAAAGCAGUGAUGGCAUUGGCCAAAUCAAUCACACAAUGGAGGUUUCCUGCUGAACUCCUGAGUACCAAUGCCCCUUUACCCUCUGAUCUAUCCUUUAUGCCAUUCAUUAUUCUUCUUUACUGGUUUUGCUUCCUGUUCCCCCCUUUAAACAGCGUCUGGCGUUUCUUGGGGAUCUUAUAAUCAGAAUGACAGCAAAUCAUCUUGCAUCUGGUCCAGUGCUUUUAGGGCUUAUUCCUGCGAUUGGAUGUAAGAAGCAUCCCAAAAUGAAGAAGGGGGAAAAGAGGAGGUAGAAAUAUGGUUAAAUAUCAGAUAGGCAUCUAAUACUUGUUAUUAACUAAUAACAAAAAUGCACUAGGAGUCUGAUACAGUGGGAUUUCUUUGGUGCUCUGCAAAAUGUUGGUAAGCGUUAAGAGCCGCUCCCAGCACAAAAAGUCACAAGCCGGGUGACUUCUGUGCUGUGAUCUAAGAAAUGGCAAAGAGUUGCAUACAAUUUGAUGAUGCAUGGAAGUGCUGAUCUGUUGGACUCUAAAGAUAAGAUUGACCAUGUGAAAAUCUGGGGAGGUGCAGGUCACUAUUUAAGUCACUACAAUAUUGUAAUCAAGGCCUUUACAACAAUUGUUAAUUAGAUAAUACCUUUAAGGAGAAAGACAAUGUCUUUCCAAGAAAUUGAUACAGUGAUUUUUUGCCUUUUGGUGUGACAGUGCAGAGCAUAAGCUGAAUCCAGUCCUCAGUGAAAUCCUGCAGGGAGGGAUUUUAGGAAAAACUUUUUGUAUGAGGCAAUGGCAAGAUGACAGUUGAGGCACUAACAGAUUUUGGUUUCCGACAACUUAUUUUGAGAAAAGUUAUCUAUAAGUUUGUAUGGUUUUCCAUCAGCACAGGUUUGAAACCAUUAGCUUGGGGUGCAAAGUGGCAUGUCUUGAGGAACUGAAAAUAUGCAUAUUAUCAAAUGUGGUAAAGAGAUUGUAUGCAUUAUGGGCCAGAGUUAACAUGUAGCUUACACAUUAGCGCCUAAAAGCCUUGAGCUGCACACAGUACCUGAGUGCGAAAGGUACAUAAAGGUGUAUGUGGAAUAUAUCUAACAUCUGCUUUCCUAUAGUAGGUUAACAUUUUUUUUUCUAGCUGAUUGCAAAUUGUCUGUGACGUGCAAUUUAUUAUCCCAAACACAAUAGACCCAGCUUCAUUUCCAUUUUUAAUGGCUGAAUGUGUAAAGUUCUAAACAGAUUACAUGAUAACAGGAUUGAAAAUAAAGCAUACUGUAUGUUUUGGUAAUUUUAUAAACAGGAACCUUUGUGUGGGUCAUCUAACAGGCUAAUCUGUUAGACGUUUGCUUCACUCCAUUAUGUGCAAUUAUGGUGUGUUUUGGCUGCUACAUUAUCUGUGGGUAUGCAGAUUUCCAGGAGGAUGAAUAAAGUAAUGGCCUCCCUCAAGAAUGGAUUACUGGUUAUUUGCUGGAAUAUUAUGGAUAUUGGAAGGGUGAUGUGGAUUUUCAGCACUCAGCUUGUAGUAGUGGCCUUCCUAUAGUAUAGAAUAUAGGACAGAAUAAGAUCUACAUGUCUGUAUGUAGGAUAGGUGUCUGUAACUGGAAAUGGUAAGAAACGACUGCAGCAAAAUAUUCUGUUUAGUAGCGAUGUAAAAAAGACAAGCUCCAGCACACAGGUGAGCAGUGACACCAGUAGAGGAUUGCCCAUGCUUUCAGCAAUGCUCUGCACAGGCUGUGAUGCUAUGAGAUUCCUAUAGCAGACUAGUUAUUUAUAUACGCAAAGCACUUCUUGUCUCCGGCAUGCAAAGGAUAAAGCAAUGCUAGACAGGUCUGUGGCAAGGGGUUACCUUUUUUUACACCAUUUGAAUAUAUUUUAAAGCCAUGUCCUGUCUCCCCUGCAUCUUCAUCUUAGUGUCUCUCCCUCUUCCUCUUUCCAAAUCUCUACUUGUCAUAUGCGUGUUCUGCCAAACACUCAAUAUAUUUCUAUAAAUACCUAUACAUAAUACAUUUAGGAAUCUUCGAUAACCCAUGUUUAACUGUGGUCCCCAUUUAAUGUGUUCUGCAACUUUUUUUAAGGUGGAAUUUAAUGGAUUCUGGUUAAUAUUUAUCCUGUCUCUGUGCACAGUGAUUCUGUUAUACAUAUACAACAUAUAGGAAUAUUCUUUGGUGUGUGCAUUGUGAUGGUUGAUGCUUCUAGUUGCAUUAAAGCCAUCAUUACAAAUACUCCUACUUGAUCUGAUGAGAGAUACAAUUACAUUCAUUUGUUGGGAAAUCUAAAUAAAACACUUAAACCUGC